AUGGCGGCAGGUGUCCUCGACGGCGUCGGCGAUGUCUCGGCUGCAGCUUACGGCGGGGAGCUUACGUUGUCCGUGCUUGUCACAUGCCUCGUGGCCGCCUCCGGCGGCCUCAUCUUCGGCUACGACAUCGGCAUCUCAGGCGGCGUCUCUCAGAUGAAGCCGUUCUUGGCGACCUUCUUCCCCAAGGUGCUGAGGAGGAUGGCCGACGCGAAGAGGGACCAGUACUGCAUCUUCGACAGUCACGCGCUGACGGCGUUCACGUCGUCACUGUACGUCGCCGGGCUCGUGGCGUCGCUGGCCGCCGGGCGCGUCACCAGGUCGCUCGGCCGGCGUGGCGUGAUGCUGAUGGGUGGGGCGCUGUUCUUCGCCGGUGGCGCCAUGACCGGCGGCGCGGUGAACGUCGCCAUGCUCAUCGUCGGACGGAUGCUCCUGGGGUUCGGCGUCGGGUUCACGAACCAGGCCACGCCGCUGUACCUCGCCGAGAUGGCGCCGGCGCGGUGGCGCGGGUCGCUCACCGUGGGCUUCCAGUUCUUCCUCUCGCUGGGGAUACUCAUCGCCAACCUGACCAACUACGGCACCGCGCGCGUCCCGUGGGGGUGGCGGCUCUCCCUCGGCCUCGCCGGCGCGCCGGCCGUCUUCAUCGUCGUCGGCGCAUUUUUCCUCACCGAUACCCCGAGCAGCUUCGUCAUGCGCGGGAAGGUGGACCGCGCCCGCGCCGCGCUCCUCCGCGUGCGCGGCGACCGCGCGGACGUGGACGCCGAGCUCAAGGCUGUCGUCCACGCCGUGGAGGCCGCGCGCGGCAGCGAGGACGGCGCGUUCCGGAGGCUGGUCUCCGGGCGCGCGUACCGGCCGCACCUGACGUUCGCGCUCGCGCUGCCGCUGUGCCACCAGCUCAGCGGCAUGAUGGUCCUGACCUUCUUCUCCCCGCUGGUCUUCCGCGUCGCCGGCUUCGGCAGCAACGCGGCGCUGAUGGGCGCGGUCAUCCUCGCCGCCGUCAAGUUCGCGUCGCUCAUCCUCUCCACGCUGGUCAUCGACCGCUACGGCCGGAAGGUGCUCGUCAUUGCCGGCGCCGCCAUCAUGAUCGUUUGCCAGGUGGCGAACGCUUGGAUCAUGGGAGCACAAGCCAGGAGCGGCGCGGCGGCGAUGCCGCGGGCGUACUCGCGGGCGUUGCUGGUGCUCACCUGCUUGCAGGGCGCCGGCUUCGGGAUGUCGUGGGCGCCGCUCAUCUGGGUGAUCCCCGGCGAGAUCUUCCCGGUGGAGAUCCGGUCGGCGGGCCAGGCGGUGAGCGUGUCGGUCACGCUGGGGCUCACGUUCCUGCAGACGCAGACGUUCCUCGCGCUGCUGUGCCGGCUCAAGUACGCCACCUUCGCCUACUACGCCGGCUGGGUCGCCGCCAUGACCGCCUUCGUCGUCGUGUUCAUGCCGGAGACCAAGGGCGUCCCGCUCGAGUCCAUGGGCGCCGUCUGGGCGGGCCACUGGUACUGGAGGAGGUUCGUCGGCGGCGACAAACCGGCGAGCUGAUCCAUCUCCGUCGAUCUACUUUACUACUUAAUUACAAUGUGUGUACGUUAAGCUUUCGAUCAUGCUCCUCUAGGCCAUGCUUAACUAGUCAACUAAAUAUUGUCGCUUUUUGUCAAGUGUGUGUAACGAAAUUGCUGUACCAAGUGGACAAUUUGCUGAACAAAUAUUAUACUCAGAGCUGUCGUGCUGACUUGCGG